GACCCCUCGCCCCACCCUGGCCGGAAGUCCGGUGUAUGCACUGUGGGCAGAGGGUCCACAGCAGGAUGUUAGGCCGUGCCCCCUAGACAGCGCUUGAGGUCUCCAGAGCCAGCCUGUGGCAACCCGAGGCCAGGUGCUAUCCCGGACGGAGAGGGAAACUGAGGCUGGACCAGGGAAGGGAGGGGCCUUCGGAGCUCCCCAGUAGCGCUCGAGGCAGGGCGGACCAGGCACCGUGGGGCCGACCUUUGCGCGGGGCGGGCCGGGCCUGUGGGGCACCCCCUGUGCACUCCCUGCCCAGACGCCCUGCGGCGGAGGAGCAGGGCCCCGGGGAAGCCGUGUCCAGGCGCCACCACGAUGGACAUCCCGCCACUGGCCGGCAAGAUCGCUGCCCUGUCGCUUGGCGCGCUGCCCCUGUCCUUCGCACUCAGCCUGGUGGCCGAGCUCUCACAUACCCUGGGGGUGGUGCUGACGAGCUUCCUGAUCCUUGGUCUGUUCUUCGUGGCCAUCUACAGUCUGUCUCGGGGCGACAUCUACCUCUAUGACCCACUCUAUGCUGUGUUUGCUGUCUUCGCCUUCACAUCGGUGGUGGACCUCCUCAUUGCGCUCCGGGAAGAUGGCUAUAUGGGGAGCUUUAUGGAUUUCUACACUAAGGAGGGCGAUCCAUACCUGCGCACUUCGCACGGCAUCGCCAUCUGCUACUGGGAUGGCACGGUUCACUUCCUCCUCUACCUGGCUAUGACCGGCGCCAUCCGCAAGAGGAGGACGUACCGGAACCUCGGACUCUACUGGCUGGGGUCGUUUGUCAUGACCGCUCUGGUGUUCAUCCCUGGAAACCUCCUGGGCAAGUACAGCUCUGAGAUCAGGCCUGCCUUCUUCCUCACCAUCCUUUGUCUGCUGCUUCCAUGCUGGGCCGGCCUGAGGAUCUUCAAGCAGCCCCCAGAAGUCUCUUGCUGCUCCCUCAACACCACCGUGGUGGAGCGGGAGCACAGAAGCCUGCUGUGGCGUCCCCUGGACAUGGCCCUCAUUGCUUACCUGGUCAUCUCAGGUCUCUUCACGCUCUUCCGGGGCCUGGUGGUGCUUGACUGCCCCACGGAUACCUGCUUCAUCUACCUUUAUCAGUACGAGCCGUAUCUGCGGGACCCUGUAGCCUACCCCAAAGUGCAGAUGCUGGUGCUCCUGUUCUACGCGCUGCCUUUCUACGGCCUUGCCACCUACACGCUCAUCUUUCCUGGCUGCUCUUGGCUGCCUGACUGGGCCCUGGUGUUUGCGGGAGCCAUCGGCCAGGCCCAGUUCUCACACAUGGGCGCCUCCAUGCACCUGCGCACCCCCUUCACCUACCGAGUGCCUGAAGACACGUGGCCCAGCUUCAUCCUGUGCAACAUGCUCUACGCGCUGGGCCCCCACCUGCUGGUCUUCCGCUGCCUGCGCUGGCCCGCCUUCUUCCUGGACCCACCACCUGGCCCCCCAGCCCCCCACAAGAAGCAUCAAUGAGAGGCUCCCCAGGACUCAGAGCCAUGCCCAGAAGGCCAGGGAGGGCAGAAGCAUGGGGGCAGGGGCGGUCACUCUCCCGGAUCCCUCGGCCCUGGCUGCAGUGGCUUCAGAUUAGGGAGUGUGGCUGUCUUGGUGACCCCAUGGUCACAUCUCCUCCCCCCACACCCUUCCCAUGUGUCCUUUCAGU